AUUUCAUGCUUCAUUAAUGAACUGUUCACAGAGAGCAGCGUCUCCAGUGUCUGUGUGUGAAGAGUAAAACCUCAGUGAUGGAGUCUCAUCACUCCAGCAGUGGAGAGAGACGCUCUGAUUCAAAAGUGAAGCAUGCAGGAUCUCCAGAGCCCAGCUGUGUGUCUGUGAAGAGGUUCCGGUCAAUUGAGAGCCCUUCUGAAUUCAGCAGAGGACGAGAACCCAGUUGUGUGUCGAUGAAGAGUGACCAGUGCAUAGAGAAACCUCCUGUAUUCAGCAGUGGAGGAGAAGGAGAACCCAGCUGUAUGUCUAUGAAAAGUGGCCAGUCCAUGGGGCAACCUCCUUUAUUCAGCAGUGGAGGAGGAGAACCCAGUUGUGUGUCUAUGAAGAGUGACCAGUCCAUGUUGGAGCCAGCACAGUCCAGUGGAGGGAGAGGAACCUCUGACUCAUGGCGGCGAUCCACAGAAACAGCAUUGCAGAUAAAUGCUCCGGCAGAUAUUUACCAACCAGUGGAUGAUGUCCUUCUCAAAAUCUUAGAGAGACACAAAACCAGCAUGAAGAACAAGCAUGAGAGUCUAUUUGAGGGAAUCAAAACAGAAGAGAAUAAAACCCUCCUGAACAGGAUUUACACACAGCUCUACAUCAUAGAGGGAGAGAGUGAAGGAGUGAAUGAAGAACAUGAGAUUUUACAGAUGGAGAAAACACCCAGGAAACAGGUACAAGACUUUCCAAUCAACUGCUUAGAUAUCUUUAAACCUCCACAAGGUCCUGAAGGAGAAACACAAGAAGAGAACAUUAGAGCUGCGAUGGCUGACAGUCUCAGACACAAAGAAGGAAAAGAAGAUAACAGACCAAAAGAGCCAGAGCUCAGAAGUGUUCUGACUAAAGGCAUCGCUGGCAUUGGAAAAACUGUCUCUGUGCAGAAGUUUAUUCUGGACUGGGCUGAAGGAAAAGCCAAUCAGGAUGUCGAGUUCAUGUUUGUGCUUCCGUUCCGGGAGUUGAACCUGAUUAAAGAUGAUCAAUACAGUCUUCAUGGACUUCUGUGUGACUUCCAUCCUGAGCUCAAAGAUCUGGACCCAAAAAUUUAUGAUCAGCUCAAAGCUGUGUUUUUAUUUGAUGGUCUGGAUGAAAGUAGAAUUCCACUGAACUUUGAACAGUGUGAGAAAGUAUCUGACAUCACCAUGACAUCAUCAGUGUGUGUGUUGCUGACAAAUCUCAUCAAGGGAGAGCUGCUUCCAUCUGCUCGAAUCUGGAUAACCUCACGACCAGCAGCAGCCAAUCAGAUCCCUCCUAAAUUCAUCAACCGUGUGACAGAAAUUCAGGGAUUCAGUGACCCACAGAAGGAGGAGUACUUCAGGAAGAGGAUCAGUGAUGAAGACCAAGCCAAGAGAAUAAUCUCACACAUGAAGACAGUGAGGAGCCUCUACAUCAUGUGCCACAUUCCAGUCUUCUGCUGGAUCUCAGCCACUGUUCUUCAGCAAAUCAUAAAACAGCGUAAUACAGAAAUCCCUAAAACUCUGACUGAAAUGUACUCACACUUCCUGCUCACUCAGACAAACAUGAAGAAUGAGAAGUAUAAGGAGAAAGAUGAGGGAAACCCAAAGAAUCCGCUGGAAUCCAACAGAACCAUUCUUCUGAAACUGGCUGAACUGGCUUUCAAACAGCUGAUGAAGGGCAAUGUGGUGUUCUAUGAAGAGGACCUGAAAGAGAGCAGCAUUGAUGUCACUGAGGCCUCAGUGUAUUCUGGGAUUUUUACUGAGAUCUUUAGGGAGGAAUGUGUGCUUUACCAGAGGAAGGUCUACUGUUUUGUUCAUCUAAGCUUUCAGGAGUUCCUGGCUGCUGUUUAUGUGUUUCUGUGCUAUGAGAUCAAGAACAUGGAGGAACUGCAGAUGUUUAAACCACUAAACAGAGAGAGAUCUGAGAAUGUUUCUCUGGAUGAGGUGCUAGAAGGAGCAGUGACUGAAGCAGUAAAGAGUCAGAAUGGUCAUCUGGAUCUUUUCCUCCGUUUCCUGGUGGGCAUCUCGCUGGAGUCCAAUCGGAGACUCCUACAGGGUCUCUUGACACCAACCCAGAUCAGCUCAGAGAGGACCAGAAAGUACAUCAAGAGAUUAAUCAAAAGAGAAGAUAAACAAUAUCCCAUCUCCACUGAGAGAUCCAUCAAUCUUUUCCUCUGUCUGUCUGAAAUGAAUGACCAGUCUCUCUCCAGAGAGAUUCAGGAGUUUCUAAAAUCAGAGAAACACUCAGAGGGGAAGCUUUCUCCUGGACAGUGUUCAGCAUUUGCCUGCAUGCUUCUGACCUCAGAGGAGGUUCUGGUUGAGCUGGACCUGAAGAAAUACAACACAUCAGAGGAGGGUUACAGGAGACUGAUCCCAGCUCUGGCUGUCUGCAGAAAAGCUCGACUAAAUUGCUGUUACAUCACCAAGGACUGCUGUGACACACUCUGCGCAACUCUACAAUCUGUAAACUCCUCUGUGAAAGAGCUGGACCUUAGUAACAAUGACUUGCAGGACGCGGGAGUGGAGCUGCUCUCUGCUGGACUGAAGAGUUUACACUGUAAAUUGGAGAUACUGAGACUAACCAACUGUAGUCUUACCACAAACUCCUGUGAAAAUAUAUCAUCAGUUCUACAAUCGGUAAAUUCUUCUCUGAAAGAGCUAGACCUCAGUAACAAUGACCUGCAGGAUUCAGGAGUUGAGCUGCUCUCUACUGGACUAAAGAACUCACACUGUAAACUGGAGAUACUCAGACUGUACAACUGUAGUCUUGGUAAGAAAGCUUGUGAAAAUUUGGGAUCAGCUCUACAAUCAGCAAAUGUCUCACUGAAAGAGCUGGACCUCAGCAACAAUGACUUGCAGGAUUCAGGAGUGGAGCUGUUCUCUGUUGGACUGAAGAAUUCAUAUUGCAAACUGGAGACACUCAGAUUAUCUGGUUGUAUGGUGGCAGAUGAUGGCUGUUCUUUCCUGGCUUCAGCUCUAAAAUCAAACCCCUCCUAUUUGAGAGAACUGGAUCUGACCUAUAAUCACCCAGGAGAGUUUGGAAUGAAGCUGCUCUCUGAUUUACUGGAGGAUCCACACUGCACACUGGAGAAACUACAGGUGGAUCAUGGAGGGCAGAUCAGGAUGAAACCAGGACCACAGAAAUAUGUGUGUGAUCUCACUCUGGAUCCAAACACAGUGAACAAUCGUCUCUCUCUGUAUGAGAGGAACAGAAAGGUGGAGGCUGUGAGAGAAGGUCAGCGUUAUCCGGAUCAUCCAGACAGAUUUAAAAUGUAUCCUCAGGUCUUAAGUGUGGAGAGUCUGACUGGACGGUGUUACUGGGAGGUUCAGUGGAGCGGAAUUGGAGUUGAUAUAUCAGUAUCAUACAGAGGAAUCAAGAGGAAUGUAAACAGUAUUGACUGCGUGUUUGGAUACAAUAAUCAGUCCUGGAGUCUAAACUUUUAUAAUAACAGUUACACUGUCAGACACAAUAAUCAGAGAACUGACCUACCUGCCCCCACCUCCCUCUCUAACAGAGUAGGAGUGUAUCUGGACUGGGGGUCCGGCACUCUGUCCUUCUACACCAUCUCACCUAACACACACACACUGACCCACCUACACACAUUCACCACCACAUUUACUGAACCGCUCUACGCUGGAUUCUGGAUUUAUCCUGAUUCGUCAUUGAGUCUGUGUAAGAUAGAAUAAUCUCUACGCACAGAGACAGAGAGAGACACAGAUGAGAGAAGAAGAUAUAUAGAGAGAGAGACAGAGGGAGAGAUAUAGAGAGAGACAGAGAUAGAGAUACACUAUGGGCAAAAGUAUUGGGACACCUACACAUUACACCUAGAGGGGUUUUUGUGAAUCCCAUUCUGAAUCCAUAGGCAUUAAUAUGGAGUUGGUCCCCCUUUGCAGCUGUAACACCUUCCACACUUCUGGGAAGCUUUUGACAAGAUUUUGGAGAGUGUCUGUGGGAAUUUUGGUCCAUUCUAGUUCAUCCCAAAGGUGUUCAAUGGGGUUGAGGUCAGGGCUCUGUGAGGGCCAGUCAAGUUCUGUUUCCACUGUUUUCACUGGAACUGAGGGGCCUAAGCCAACCCCUGAAAGCACCACUCCAUUAGAUGCUUGGCAUUGUACUUGGUGAUGUAAGGCUUGCAUGCAGCUGUUCGGCCAUAGAAAUCCAGGCCAUGAAGCUCCCGGCGCACAGUUUUUGCGCUGAUGUUAAUGCAAGAGGACGUGUGGAACGCUGCGGUUACUUUAUGCGCUACGGUGGCGUCCUAUUACAGAAGCACGUGUGAAUUCAGUGAGCUCUUUAGAAGGACACAUUCUUUCACAAAUGUUUGAAAAGGCAGACUGCAUGGCUAAGAGCUUGAUUUUAUAAAUCUUUGGAAAUGGGACUGAAUGAAACACUCAAAUUCAGUGAUUAAGAGAUGUGCAUCAAUGCUUUUGUCCAUAUAGUGUACAAAGAGGGAGAGACAGUGCAAGAGAUGAGAGAGAGUCACACAGAGAGACAGAAAAGGAGAGAGAGAGAUACUGAGAGAGAGACUAACAGAAAGUGAGACAGAGAGGGAGAGAGUUGGCUGGUGAAAAAAAAACAUUGUUCUCUGGUUUUCUCUAAAAGAUGAAUCCAGAAAAAGAACAGACAUACACGGCCAUGUGUUCAUAUAUGAGACACAUAUCGGAUAUAUUGUUUCAUUACAAAAUACCAGAUUUAAAAAAACACAUUGCCUGAGGGAGGAUAUAUAGGUGGUGGGCAGAGUCUUGGAAUCCUACUCUGGAAGACUGAAUCCGAAAGUGGAAAGAGUUCCAGAAUUUGACGGAACAUGAGGGACAUGAAGGACAAGCUUGUUCAAGGAGGAUCUCUCUAAAGGGGACCAUGAGAGGAGAUAGAAGCUCUGGCUGGAGGUUGAAAAGGCAUAAGCAGCAGGGAAAAUGCUUCACUGCAGUACUUCACUGGACCUUCACUGGACCUAGAGCUUUUAUCCAAGGUGAAGGAGAUACUCCUGGUUGAAUAACUUAGGUUGCUUGUUUAAAAAUAACUUUGGAGGUGACAUUCUUUGUUCUGAUUGUGACUGUCAUGGUCAUUUUAUAUGUUUGGUCAUGAGAUGUAAUAAUUUAACUUUGAUUGUAGUUAACAUAUAUGAUUUGAGAUGAACUUCAGCCUGAGCUCAUAUAUGUGAACUGCGCUCCAUCCAUUCUGGCACACAAUGCUUCUCCAGCGGUGUGCGGUAUGGUUUACUCUGUAAAACCAUCACCAAAAGUCAGACAUCAACCAAAGUCCUCAACAAGCUGUAGUCCAUUGUCUGAUUCAGUGGCAUAGGAGAAGGUAAACUUUUCCAAAUGCACAGAACCAAAGAAGACGACAUGAGAUAAAAUCAGACAGCAGAGGUGUGCAAAGACAAAGCAAAACAACGCUGCAAACUCAAAAAUCUAAACCCAGUUAUUGUAGGUAAAGCACACUGCCACGGUGGGCAGGAAAAAUAUAAUUUAGUCCAUUCAUGUCUUACUUUUAAUGUAUUGAAGUAACAUUAGAUGUUUGCAUUGAUAUUUUCACAAAGCACGUUUCAGCUAUUGUAGUAAAAGAGCACUGUAAAUACCACAAUUCACAAAAAACUGGUGACACCAGUAGAAAUUGACGUGCUCUACGGACGGACUCUGACGUUUAACUGUUGUCAGCUUCAGAUUCAAACACUGGCCACUAAUAACAAACUGAAAAAGAUGAUGGCGGGUAGCAAUGGAUAGAACAGUGACCCUCCAGAACAGGAUCAGCACACACUGCUCUUCACAGAUAGGAUGGAGAUCCCCCAGAACAGGACCAACAUGCACUGCUUAUCACAAGUGGGACGGAGACACCCCAGAACAGGAUUAAUACAUACCGCUCAUCACAGACAUGCGGAGGAGGUGUGUGUGUUUACACCAACACGGAAUGGUGUAAGAACUCUGUGCUUGUCGCGAAGUACUGCUCUCCGCUGGUGGAGUUUGUGAAUCUUAAGAACGAUGAGUCAGCACACAGAGAGGAGGUGCGGCGACUGACAGACUGGUACAAAGUCAACAACCUACAUCUGAAUAUGACAAAACAAAUGAGAUGGUUAUUGACUUCAGGAGAGCACAGAGUGAUUUUCUUUUCAGGUCUUUCAUUUCAGUACCAAAUCUUGCCUCCAUGGCACACAGAGCUACAGAUAAAAGUAUGGAAUAAAAUGUAUUGAAUUCAUCAUGUGCUAAAAAGAUCACUGUGAUUUCAAACCAAUUUCUGAGAUUAUAGGGGAAACCAUGGAGUGUUGUCACAUGGCUAAACUGCAAGUUGGAAGACUUUGCGUGACCUAUUUAUGUAACAACAACAAAAAAUGAAGUAAGACAGUUCAACAAAGUGUAAAAAAGAGCACAGAUUUGAUGCAUUGAAUGACAUGCAAACUAAUCUGCAUCUGAUUCAAGAAACUUUUGUAUGAUGCACAAGCAAGAGGAAAUCUGAGUGCAAAUGAAUCAGCUUUAGCAUGUGAAAUCAAGUGCCAGCCUACCAGCACCUCAUUUGCAUAUCAUUUACAUGAUUGAUGCAGAUGUUUUGCUAGGGAACCACUGAAAUGACAGCAUUCAGCAGUGCAUGAGCCAAUGGCUGUACUUGUAUGCACAUGAGUAGUUUGUGCUGGAGCACUUCCUGAAUGCACUGCUGCAGAGAAGCUGAGGCGACAUGUACAACUCACCACACCAGCCAGCCUUCAAGCAGCCUUUGCUGAUGCAGAGAGGGUAGAACUGAUCCUUGGUGUGACAGAGGCCAUUGUGAGCAACACAAAGCUAUGUGGUGGAGGAGCUUGAGAAGGAGAUGACCUACUGAGUGGCCCUGGAGCAAGUUGCGACAGAGCGACCAGUGUGCUGGGCUGACAUGACACCACACAGGCCCGCUGGUAAAGUACUUCAAGCCGGCUGGGACAGCCUCCGGAUGCACAACGAGAUGCUGUACUGUGUGUUGGAGGAGCUGGUGCCAGAGAAGCUUGUGUGGCAGCUGGUGGUGCUGCAUAACCUGAGGAAAAUGGUGCUGGGCACUGUGCAUGAAGUGGCUAGCAUGGGGCACUGCGGUGUGGGCAAGACAAGGAAACGAUUGUGGCAGAGGUUUUACUGGCUGGGCUAUUCGAAGGAUAUGGAGGUGUAUGUGCAUUGCUAUGACCAGUGCACAGUAAAGAAAGGACACUACAAUAUUUUCUCUUUGUAAUAUUUUAUUCAUCACAUUUUUUUAGAAAGCACAUAGAAUUGCUUCUAGUUCAAAAUGAGUGACAUAUCAAGUAGGUUAUAACCAUAAUAGCUGCUUAAACAUUAAUUGUCAAAGGCUUAACAUAUAGAGAACAGAUUAAAAACUCAAAUAUAUAUUGAAAAGAACCCUAGGCAUAAAUCACAAAUACAUAGAUAGAAAAAAAAUGGCAUCGUCAGUUGAAAAAACUGCGUAUUUGACUGACUAGUGGAGAAAUCAAAUGUGUUGCAUGCCAAUUUGUUUUUGAAUUUGCUUGAAAAGCUAUCAAAUUUGCUUUGAGUAACUGUCAAGUUGAAAGGAACUUAUGUUUCAGCAUCUCACAACAUGCAACUGGAUACAUGAACGUUUCUCAGUGUGAAUCCAGCCUGAAAGCAUCAAACGUUCUCUCACUCACGGGUUUCACCGAACUAAAUAAAACUGUCACAGUCUGGUGGUUUUGCUGGGUCACAGUGUUCGUGAUGUGUUUACAAGUGAUAAUCACCCCAUUAAUGCAGCGACGCACAGCUCCAGUCCUGGAGGCCACAGUAUUUUUUAUUGUUUUAUUAUUUUAUUGUUUUAUCUGCUUGUAGACAGCAGACUCAACUCAGUAGCUACAUUAAACAAGGUCUUGUACUGAAAACUAUUGUGUCCUGUAGGAUGUUGUACUCUAUUAAUAGUGAACUGAUAUUUUAAUAUUAAAGAAAAAAAAAAGUGUUAAGGGAAUCACUUUGGCUUCUCUGUCCAAGGAGGAAACACUAUAAAUAAGCUCUGUAAAAUCUAUUUUAUAAAUAUGUGACGCAGGUGUUUAUUUAGUGGAACUGAAGAGUCUCAUCAGCAUGAGCCAACCUUGAUCACAUGAGAACCUGAAAGUGGAAAAUCUCCCUGAUAACAGAAGUGCAGUAACUUCUAUCAGCUCCUUUUGAACUUUUGCAUUCUUGGUCAACAUAAUCCACCGUAACAUCACGUUUUACAGUUCACAAACUCAAUAUUUAUUUAUUUAUGAAAUAGUAACAUGAAUUACUUGAAGAUCAAAAACUAAGAGUGAAAACACUACAUAAACAAGGUUUAUUAUGAAUGAAUUUCUUUUUUUUUCCUUUGACAAUGACAGGACAAGAAGAACAUUGCA